AAGAAGCUCAUGAGCUGCUGUAUGCUAGACAAAAAGUUGUUGUCACAGCCAAAGCCUUUGGCCUCUAAGCCAUAUACCUUGUUUACAUCGACUUCCAGGAUGAGGAGGGUCUUCGCAGGCAGUCGAGGGAGGGCGCCCUCAUGGGUUUUACAGGUAAACAGGUUAUUCAUCCCAACCAAAUCAGGAUUGUGCAAGAAUAUUUUCCAAGCCCAGAGAAGGUGAAAUGGGCUCAAGAUCUGAUCUCUGCUUUUGAUGAACAUCAGAAAUUAGGAAAGGGUGCAUUUAGUUUUCAUGGAAGAAUGAUCGACAUGCCUUCACUAAAGCAGGCACAAAACAUUGUUACCCUCGCCGCAGCAAUCCAAGACAAAUGAUCCGCAGAGGAUGUGCUCAUCCCAAAAAUACUGUAAACGCCAACAUCUUUG